AUGUGGAAGAAAUUAGGGCUACCCAGACCGCCCAGUCCCUCUGACAGUGACGAUGAAGCGUGGGACGCACCUCCACCGGCCAUCAUCAACACCGAGACACCACCGGCCACAAGCACAGGAACAGGACGCACCGAUUCACCGGCCGUCCAGAUAUAUCGCCGGCAAAAGAAACGGCAAAGAACGCCGCCACCACCAUCCACAAUAGCCCCGUCGGCAAACCCUGCGGGCGAAAUGCUACCUGAAGCCACCACUUCCUCCGGCUACAGCCAGAAACGGCCACGAACACAGUCGCCACCAAGAUCAGACCCAGAGCCAGAACCUGCCAUGCAUCCCGCCGGACACAAAGAAAGCGCUGUGCCCACUGAUACGCCCACUGAGGCACCCACUGAUUCCACCAGCGCUGUGCCCAGCGAUGUGCCCAGCGAUGCGCCCAUGGACCUACCAAGUGAUGUGGCUAGCGAUGUGCCCAGCGACACACUCAGUGAUGUGCCCAACAAUUUGCCCAGCGAUUUGCCCAGGCCAGUGUACCCUGAUCACAUCGUCAAAUCCCUGACAUUCAACAAAAUUUCUGAGCGAACUAGGCUGCUUAAAAUUUCAUCCCUACCAUAUCACCCAGGAAUUCGGCAUAGCCAUGGGCUGUGA